CAAAAUGUCACUGUUGUUGGCAUAUAGAAACUGACGUCGUAUCUAUUUAAUCUGAAUAUCCAUAGCGACCUGUAAAUAUAGGAAAUUAUUGAUUGAUCCAUAUUCAUAGUUGCAAAAAAUUUAAUAUAAAAUAUCAUCAUCAUCAUCUAGUCAGAGAAUGAUUUAACAUUGUUGCUGAUGUGCAAAACCCCAAUCAAAUCAUCCCACAAAAAAAAAAAAAAAAAUAAAAUUCGAAAGCCACCCAUCUUCGGUGUGAUCAAUCGACCGUAUCGUUGAUCAAAACGUCAUUGUUUGAAACUUGAAUUUACAUUGAACACCCAUUUAUUUUUCUUUUCUAUUUAACUUUACUAUUCUUUAGCAAUAGACAAAAAUUAUGUCAUCCACAAGUACGGUAUCGACAAAAUCAUCAAAUUCAUCAACUGCCGGUCCUGAAACUCAUCUACUAUCUAAUCGUCGACAACAUCGUCAAAACGAAGGUUCAGCAAUGCAUCUUUAUUUGAAACAAAUGUUUAUUUUAUUAUGGAAAUCAUGGAUAGUACGUCGUGUGCAUUAUAUAUCAACAUUUUUCGAAUUGGUCAGUCCAAUUUUAUUGAUAUUUUUAUUUACAUACAUCUAUUCAAAUACAAAUAUGAAAUUUGGAAAACCGAAUGAUAAUUCAAACAAUGACAAUGAUGAACCUGGCAAAUUAUUGACUACACUUGACGAUGAUGGUACAAUGAAACCGGCACAUCGUUUCCGUAAUCCAAUUCAUGUAAUCGAUUUUAUCGCCGCAAUGCCAAUUACUAAAAAGAUUUAUUAUACACCGGAUAAUCAACAAACACGACGUUUAUUACAAACAUUGGUCGCGUCAUUGAUGAAUCUUCCAGUGGAAAUUACAGAUGACAAAGGUGAAAUAAUAAAAACAAAAGUCAUACCAAUGGAUAACGUAACAGCAAUUUCGAAUCAAAUGCAAAAUGAUUUGAUCAAUAGUACCAUGUUCGAUUUUGAUCCAACAAUAUUGGGUUUGAAUUUUCGGGAAAUUGAUCUAAAAAAUGCUCAUCUUGAUUAUGAAUUAUUGUUGCCGGCAAAAUUAACAGCGCGAAUCAGUUUGAAUGCCUAUCCAAACAAAAUAACUCAAGCACCAAAAGAUUAUGUAGACCCGUGGAUGAUACCUCUUAUCGAUUUAACAAGUCGUAUAAAUAGAGAAUUUGUUCGCCAAUAUUCCAAUAUGACGAUUGAAUUGAAUCAAUUACGAUUGAUGCGUAUGCCAUAUCCAGCAUAUCGUGAUCCAAAAGUAUCUGAAUUUUCCGUGUUCGAUUUACUGGCAUUGUUUAUAUUGAUAUCGUAUACGGUGUUUGUACCAUUGAUUGUCAAACGUAUAACAGAUGAAAAAUCAAGCAAAUCCAAAGAACUAUUACGUAUGAUUGGUAUGGCCGAUUCAGUAUUCUGGACCACUCAUUUUAUCAACUAUUUUAUCAUUAUUUUGAUUCAUGCACUUUCUAUUACGAUUGCACUGGUUUGUUUCCAGAAUCCAAUGAUUGUUCGUUCAUCAUUGUUGUUAUUUUUCAUCACAUUCAUAAUGUUUGGAGUGCAAUUGGUAAUGUUUUCUAUGCUAAUCACGACCGUAUUCAAUAGACCCGUGUUGGCUGUAAUUGUCACAACAAUCCUAUGGUUAACAAUCAGUGUAAUUAUCUUUCGUGGUUGGGUACCAUCGAUCAAUGGCGAUACUGUCGGUAAUACAUGUUUCACUAUUCGAUUUUUUCUAUCAAUGUUACCGAUGGGAUCGAUUAUGUGGUUCAUAUCAAUACUGGGAAUAUUUGAAAGUUUUGAUCAAAGUCUUACAUUCGAAACAAUUAAUUCGACCACAAUUGGAUAUGGCGAUCUAACCACAUUGAUAGUGAUGAUUUCAGUUUUUAUUUCUUAUUUCCUAUAUGCAUUCCUUAUCUGGUAUCUGGACAGUGUUUGGCCAUUUCAAUAUGGUGUGCCAAAACAUCCAUGGUUUUUAUUUGAACCAUCAUAUUGGCGUCCAAUAAAAAAUAAAUCCUCUAUGAACGAUGAUCGACCUGAAUUGAAUGAACAAGCAUUUGAACCAGAUCCUAUUGGCCUCCAAUCAGCUAUUGAAGUUCGUAAUAUAACAAAAACAUUUUCCGGUAAUAAAGUCGCCGUCGAUAAUAUAUGGUUUAACAUUUAUAAUCAUCAAUUGACCGUAUUACUUGGUCAUAAUGGUGCCGGUAAAUCAACCACAAUGAAUAUGAUAACCGGAAUUUAUCCUGCAACGGCCGGUAAUAUCUACGUUAAUGGUUAUAAUGUAUUCACACAGACACGUUUGGCAAGACAAAGUAUUGGCCUUUGUACUCAAGAAAAUAUUAUAUUUCCCGAAUUGACAGUGUUUCAACAUUUAAAAUUGUUUGCCAUAUUGAAAAAUGCUAAAUUUACUAAUGUUUAUCAAGAAGUGCAACGUAUAUUGAAUCUAUUACAAUUAUCGGAUAAAUGCAAUGUAAAAGCAUCUGGUUUAUCCGGUGGUAUGAAACGUAAACUACAACUUGGUAUGGCAUUGAUUGGACCUACCGAAAUAUUAAUAUUGGAUGAACCAACAUCUGGUCUUGAUCCAGAAGCACGUCGUGUCAUAUGGGAUUUACUUAUUUCAUUACGUCGUGAGAAGACAAUUCUGUUGACCACUCAUUAUAUGGAAGAAGCAGAUGUGUUGGGCGAUCGUAUUGCCAUAAUGAGUCAUGGUCGAAUUCGCUGUUGUGGUACGCCAUUUUUCCUGAAAAAUGCCUUCGGUACCGGUUAUCAACUUCGUAUUGAAAAACAAUCUGCCCACUUUAAUUCGAAAGGUUUCCUUUCCAUCAUUUCUCACUAUGCACCAACAGUGAGCCUAAAAUCAGAAAUGGAAUCCGAAGUAAUCUAUGCAUUUAAUCAGAAAAAUGUCCAACAUAGUAAUAGUAGGCAAAAAGAAUCAUCGGACCAAAUUGAUAAAAAUGAUGAUGAUAAUGAUGAUGAUGAAAAAAAACAAUUAAUUCGACAGUUCCCACCACUUUUUCGAGAUUUGGAAAAUAAUCUUAAAGAAUAUGGAAUCAAUUCAUUUGGUUUGUCGUAUUCAACAUUGGAAGAUGUAUUCCUAGCCGUUGAGGAUGAUGAUACAAUCCUAGAAUCAGAACUUUCCAAGCUUGGCCGUCUAAAGAAUCAUCGUCUUAAUGGUGAUGAUAAAAAUGAUCAGUCCCCAAAACAACCAAGUUUAACACCAAAAUCCGAAAUGGUCACUGGUUUUAGUCUAAUUGUGAAUCAAUUUUUGGCUCUAUUUUUGAAACGAUUUCAUUAUGCUCGACGUUAUUGGCAAAUGGUCGUUCUACAAUUGGUUGUACCAAUUUUAAUAUUCUUUGUGGCUAUGCGUAUCACUGCUAUAUUCACUCGUUUAAAUUUGCAGACAAAAUUUGAUCCUAUUGCAAUGAAAACUGAACAACUAUAUGGACCAGAUACGGAAUCAUAUUAUCAAGGUGGAAAAACGUUAUAUCGAUCAUAUGAACGUAUUUUUUCUGAUCGUGACCAUGGUCAUGUUACCUUUGUUGGUGAUUUGAAUUCACCCGUAUCGUAUGAAGAUUUUAUCAUUAAUCAAAAUGAUAAUAAUAUUGGACAAUUUGUACAAAAAGUUCUUUUUGGAAUGCAAGAUGAUGGAACAAAAGAACCUUAUAAAAUCUGGUUCAAUAAUGAACAAACUUAUUCUGCUUGGUUAUCUGAAAAAACAUUUUUUGAUUCACUUCUCGAAAUGAAUAGUCCACAAGAUACGAAAUCAAAAGUUGGCAUCGACAUGACUUUGCAACCGAUAAUGAUUGAAACACAAAUGAAUGGACAAUCACAAUCGAUGAUAUUAUCAUUAGUAACCUCGAUAAUGUCAUGGUUGAUUACAUGUCUCAUUUUGUUACCGAUUGCAUUUCCAUUUUUGGCAGCAUCAUAUGUUCUUUAUCCGAUUAAAGAACGAACCUCGAAAUCAAAAUUAUUACAAAUGAUGUCUGGUGUAUCACCAACGAUAUUCUGGCUAAGUCAAUUUGUAUUCGAUUUAGUCUAUCAUUUAGUGGCCAUAUCGGUUCUCUACCUAUUUAUCUAUCUAUUCGAUUCGGAUAAAGUGUUUUUCGAUACUAGUUCCAAAUCUUCAGCUGAAGUGUUGUUUGUCAUUUUAUUUGUAUUUGGUAUCGCUACAAUACCAUUGGCAUAUUUUUUCGCCUACAUUUUCGAUGUUCAUUCAUCCGGAUUCACAUUCGUGGUCAUCAUGUUUUUAAUCAUGGGCCUGAUUGCCAAUUUAUUCUGGAGCAUUUUGGAUAUUUUUGUCAAUAAUGCUGGUGUUGAACUUUCAUCAUUGUAUUUAGAUUGGACACAAUCAGUAUUACCGAUUAUUCGAUUCAUACCGAUAUUUUCAAUGUUAUUUGGCUAUCAAAAACUGUACAAAGCAAACAUGUUUGUAAAAAUGUGUAAAACAUUGCCCAGUGAAGAGUUAGGCCACAUAUGUAAUUCGACCGAGGACCUUGGAAGCAUGACAAAAAUGGUGCUAGGAUGUUGUCCAAAUCGUUGUAGCAAAGAUGAUUCCUGCUAUGAUUCUGGUAGUUUUUCAUUUGGAAAAUUUGGUUCUGGUCCCGAAAUCUAUUCAUUAAUAGGAUCUGGUCUACUUUUUAUGGUAUUGAUCAUUUUAUAUGAAAAUUUUCAACAAUAUGCACGUAAAUAUUUCGUACGUUCAAUUGAAAAUCUAGUGUACAGAAUAUUUCGACGAAAUCGACCACAACCCAUACAAUUGGCAGCUAUUGAAGAUUCUGAUGUUUGUCGAGAAAAAGAACGUAUCGCAUCGAUUCUAAAUGAUCCAGUUCAACGUGAAAAUUCUGACCUAUUGAUCGUACAUGAAUUGACCAAACAUUUUGGUUCGUUCACCGCUGUCGAUCAUCUUAGUUUCGGUGUACGUCAUGAUGAAUGUUUUGGAUUGUUGGGUAUUAAUGGUGCUGGUAAAACUACAACAUUUUCAAUGUUAACUGGUGAUCUAUUUCCAAGUGAUGGUAAUGCCUAUAUGGAGGGCAAAAUCAAUGUGAUCAACAAUUUGUGCCGAUUUCAGCAAAACAUUGGUUAUUGCCCACAAUUCGAUGCAUUAUUGGAUAAUUUAACCGGAGUGGAAACACUUCAAUUGAUGGGUGCACUACGUGGUAUUCCAUUUCGACGACUAACAACCGAAGUUAAUGAUCUGAUUCGAAUGGUUGAUCUACAAACACAUGCAAGCAAACGAACCGAAACAUAUAGUGGCGGUAACAAACGAAAAUUAUCAAUUGCUGUAUCGUUGAUUGGUAAUCCACGAUUAUUGUUUCUGGAUGAACCGACUGCUGGUGUUGAUCCAAGUGCAAGAAGAAAGAUAUGGCGCACACUUGAGCUUAUUCGUAAUCAUUUCAAUAGUGUUAUCAUAUUGACAUCACACUCGAUGGAAGAAUGUGAAGCACUUUGUUCCCGGAUAGCCAUCAUGGUUGGUGGACGUUUCCGUUGUCUUGGAUCCACACAACAUUUACGUGCAAAAUAUGGACAAGGAUACACGAUCUUGAUUCGUUUGAAACGUAAACAUGAAAUGAGUGAUUAUGCUGAUCAAUGUCAACAACGAAUCGUUGCAGCCAUACCAUCGGCACAAUUAAGUGAUCAUCAUCAAUGUUUAAUGACAUAUCAGAUUGCCGAUAAAUCGAUUCGAUGGUCCGAAUUAUUUGAAAUAAUGGCCCAAUUAGAUGAAGAAUUACGAUUCGAAGAUUAUAUUAUAUCCGAUACAACAUUGGAAAAUAUUUUCAUUUUGUUCGCAAGAAAUCAACAACGAACUCAACAACAACUACAACUACAAAAGAUGCAAUCAGUCACUAAUAAAGAUAAUAAGAAGGAUUAAUCAUGUAAAAAUAGUCACACCUGCUGUGGAGAUUGUUUCUAUUGAUAUUUUGUUGUUUGUUUGGCGGCAACAAAACAAAAA